AUGAAACAAAAAUCUGGAGAAAGUUCAAGUUGUAGUACACGACUUGAACUUCCACCACUUCCACGGCUUGUAGUUGGAAUGGAUGCUCCUCUGAAGGACUUGAAAGAAAAGCUUCUUUGCGAUGAUGGGGUGUCAAUGCUUGUGCUCACUGCUCCUGGUGGCUGUGGGAAAACUACUUUGGCCACCAUGUUUUGUAAAGAUGAAGAGGUCAAAGGUAAAUUCAAGAACAAUAUUGUCUUCGUUACUGUAUCUCAAAAUGGCAAUUUGGAACUUGUUGUGAAACGACUUUGUGAAUACAUAGUAAAGCGUUGCAACGGAUUCCCACUUGCUAUUACAGUUGUGGGGAGAUCACUUGCUGGGCAACCUAUAGAGGUCUGGAGAAAAGGAGAAUCUGAAUGGUCGAAGGGUUCUUCUAUUUUAGAUGAUUCUGAGACAAAAUUGUUUCUUUGCCUCCAAAGCAGCUUAGAUGCUUUGGAUAAAGGAUUUACAAUUGUGAAAGAUUGUUCCUUAGACCUAGGAUCUUUUCCAGAAGACAAAAAAAUCCCGGUUGGUGACCUCAUUGAUAUGUGGGCAGAGUUGUAUGAUCUAGAUGAUGAUAUUGUGUUUGCAUAUGUCCAUGAACUAUGCAAUCGAAAUCUGGCUACUCUUGUGGACGAAAGAUAUUUGAAGAUAGAGGGGGACGAUUACUACGGUGGACGGUUUGUCACCCAACAUGAUUUGCUUAGUGAGCUAGCUAUUUACAAUGCAAAGCUUAACCCUUUGGAACAAAGAAAAAGAAUGAUAGUAGAAAUUGGUGGUGACAAUAUUCCAAAGUGGUGGAAGGAACAAAAAUAUCAACCAACCAAGGCUCGCUUGUUAUCCAUCAGAACUGAUGAAGAAUUCUCAAUGAAAUGGCCCCAGUUUCAACUACCAGAAGCAGAGGUUCUUGUCUUGGAUUUGGAUGGAUACAUGUAUGCCUUACCCGAAUUUGUGGAGAAAAUGCAUAAAUUGAAGGUAGCGGUAAUCGUUGCUCGCAGCCACAUUUGUAGGUUAGAAAAUCUAGAACUACUCCAACUGCUACCAAAUCUAAAGAGAAUCAGCUUAUAUAAGAUCCCAAUUAACAGCAUGAGAAAGAAUCCCAUACAAUUCAAGAGUCUGAAGAAGGUAUCUUUAAGCUCAUGUCACCCAAAGGCAUGUUGCAGCAAAGGUGUUGGCAAAAUGUCUGAUGCAUUUCCAAAUCUAGAGGAGUUAAACAUUGACAAUUGUAAGGAGCCUGAAGAGUUGCUUGGGGAUUUCUGUAAUGUGAUUUAUUUAAAGAAGAUUAGUAUCUUCGACUGUGAUGAUCUACUUAGGUUGCCUAAAGAAAUAGGAAAUUUAGUUAACUUGGAAGUAUUGAGGCCAAGGGAAUGUACUGAGGUUUUAAAGUUCACCGGCUCAGUUAGGAAGUAA